CCGCACGAUUCGCUUGUCGAUUGCACGUCGUGCGCAGAUCCCUUAAUGGAGUUUUUACCUUUCGGCUCCUCUAGUUUCCAGACCCCUCCGCCACCUCCUCCACCCCCUAAAUCAGCAUAAUGCGGGCGACGCAACUCGGAUCGUGGUAUAUAUAAACCUGCAAUGGUCAGCCAAAAUCGAUUCAUUUCGUGUGAAAGUGUCGCGGAGAAGUGACUUAAUACGGAAAUCGAAAACGGAAGAAAGCAUAUCGCGAGAAAAUGUUAAAUAUUUCAAAAAUACCUUGGAUAUGUGUUCUGAUGUGUUUUGGUGCUCCAGCGCUUGGAAGUUUCCAUCAUGAACCAGCGGCGGUGGGCGUACCCGUGGGAGUUCCCGUUCCAGUGCCAGUUCCUGUGCCUUCUCCAUAUCCGGUUCCAUCUCCAGUGGCGGUACCUGCUCCAGUAGCAGUACCCGUUUCCGAUACCGUCACCGUGCCAGCGGCCUUUAGUGCCCAUCAAGGAUUUACCUACGGAGCUGUAGAUCACUAUGGUCCGCCACCUCCGGCGAUCUUUAAAUAUGCUACAUCCUAUGCGGCACCACAGCCGGUUAUUAAGUACUCCCUUGGACCUCCAGUGACCACUACCACCACCACCUACACCGGAUUUGCAGCACCGGCACCACCAGCCGUUCAUUAUGCUGCAGCAGUACCUCCACCACCACCACAGUUUAUAGCCCGGUUUGCUCCGCCACCCACUGGCUACCAGUUUGCAGCUGCUGCCCCGUCCUACGGCAGGUACAAACUCCACUUUGGGUCACCACCUCAUCAUUCUCCGGCUGCUGUCUAUGGAGCUCCCCCUCCUGUAGCAUUUAGCACUCAGGGCUGGUAACUCGAGAAGCGCCAGCUGGGCUCCGGCUCAUUAUGCAUAACUAUGAAUGAUAAUUUCCUCAAAUUAGCAAUUAAUUAAAUCUAAAUAAUGUUGUUAUGCUUCGUAUUAUACGCGACUCGUGAAUUUAUGCGAAGAACGCGAAGCGUAGCGAUUAAAUUAUGCUUAUGUCAAUACCCAUAAAUAAUUCAGAUGUUUUCAUGGCUCGAAGUUAUUUUUUGGCUCAGCCAAUUUUGGCCAAAGGCGAGGCUUGACUUUGAGAGGGCCCAGAAAAAUGCAUAAAUAAUAUAAAUUUUCCGCUAUUAAAGCUAUGACUACGGCUCAACUGACCUAAGUCAAUGAAUGAAAGAGGGAAAUAGCGGAGAUAUCCGUCAAUUGGGUCAACAGUUUAAACUUUAAAGAGCUUUUGAGUUCACGGAUAGACAGCUUGAUUACACUACAAAUAUUGUUAUUAAACAAAUAAAUCAAGUAAAUUGUCUGUUUCCGUAUUUCAGUUUGAACACUAAUAUAUUUGGGUGCCGGCUUAACAUUUAAAUUUAAUGUUCAAGAAGACAGAACUGUAUUUGUCCACUUUAAAAUAUUAAUUGGGUCUUUUUAUCUUUGAAUUAAAAUACAUAAGUAUUUUCUUAGAUACCUCCAUAUAAGCCAAUAAAUCAAGCUAUCAAAUUAUAAACAACACAUUAGCUAACUUACUAGAAACUACAAGAACGAUGUCGUCGAGUUCUUCGACUAUCAGAUACCCACUACUCAGCUAGUGGGCGAAUGAAGAAGAAAUUUAACAUUUUCUAGUGAAAUAAAAAAAAAUCAAUAUGUAAGUUUG